GUGUGAAGUGUGCGGAAAGGGUCUUCGUUAUCGCGAUAACCUCAGCCGUCACAUAUCGACAGUUCACUCGAAGUGAAUAUUGAACAAUGCUGACAUGUGUGACCAAAUUUAAAGCACGCUUAUGCCUGAAAGUGUCUACUGUAUGAUCAUGGAGCAGCAAAAUCCAAAAUCUAAUGAGAACAAACUUGGAGAACCCGUCGAAUUCAACGCCUAUAUUCAGUUGAAAGUAGAACAACUCGAAGUGAUAGAUACAUUGGCUGAAACAACUAACAGGGGCACCAAACUAAGAAAACCCGUUGAAUUAAACACCUCACUCCAGAUGAAAGUAGAGGAAAUGGAAGUAAUAGUUGCAACGCCUAAAAAUGUUAAUGAGGAGAACAAAUUAGGAGAACCAGACGAAUACAACGCCCCUAUUCCGAUCAAAGUAGAAGAAAUCGAAAUAAUAGAUUCAUUGACUGAAUUAAAAUCAGAACAAGAAGUAACGGAUGCCGUCAGCUACCGAUGUAAAGUUUGUGGCAAAGAAUUCCCAUCUUUCUCCCUGCUUAAUGAUCACCGAUUGAAUCACACGAAAGAUGAACAUUCAAACAGUGGUCCUAGUACCAACGAAGAUGAGAAUCCUUACAUCUGUGAUUUGUGUGGAAGACGUUAUCGUAAACUCGUCCAGAUCAGGCAACAUAUGAUAUAUCACAAAGGAAAACCUUUCAAAUGUGACGUGUGUAAGAAGCAACUUGCCACAAUCAACACUCUCAAUGAACACAAGAAAUCUCACACGAACGAUAAAUCAUUCAAAUGUGAAUUGUGCGAAAAGGCAUAUCAUGCGCGCCACCAGUUGAAAAAGCACACAUAUAGUCACACGAGUGAGACACAGUUUAACUGUGAGUUGUGUGGGGAAGGAUUUUCCACGCUUUGGGACCUUGUGCUUCACAAGGGAGAUUACAGGCUCAAGAAUGAAGUUUCUCAAUGCGUCAAACACGAAUCAUUCAGGGUAAUUAGUACAGCAUGUGACAUAUGUGGAAAGGAAUAUGAUACGCUCAGAAAGCUAAAGUGCCAUAUGCAAUCCCAUAAUGUAAGGAUUCACAAAUGUGACCUGUGUCAGAAAACAUUUAGUAUGAUUGGCAAGCUUAAUGAACAUAAGAAAACUCAUUUAUACGAACGAUCAUAUAAAUGUCAAUCGUGCGGAAAAGGAUUUUGUACGCCAAAAAAAGUAAAAAGGCACAUGCUCACUCAUUCAGAUGAGAAACCUUUCAAGUGUGAAAUGUGCGAAAAAAGCUUUCGUUUGCGCUGUCAACUCAAACUGCAUGAAUUUGUUCACACAGAUCAUAAGAAUUAUCAAUGUAAAGUGUGUGAUAGGGAGUUUAGAUUUCUUUACAGUUUAAAAGGUCACUGGAAAAUUCACACGAAUAAAAAACCGCACAGAUGUGAAGUGUGUGGGAAAGAAUUUCGCGAAAUGUCGAGUCUCAGAGUACAUAUGCAUAUUCACACAGGCGAAAAACCGCACAAAUGUGAAGUGUGUGGGAAAGAAUUUCGCCAAAAAGGUGUCCUCAAAACCCACCAGAAUAUUCAUAUAAACAAAAAGUCGCACAUCUGUGAUGUGUGUGGAAGAAAAUUUCGCGAAAUACCGAAUCUCAAAAAACACAUGAAUAUUCACACAGACAAAAAACCGUACAAAUGUGAUGUGUGUGGAAAAGGCUUUCGCGAAAUGCAGAACCUCAGCAGACACAAGAUGGUUCACUAAAGCAUAGAACUAAAACCGUACAAGUGUGAAGUGUGCGGGAAGGGCCUGCGUUAUCGCGAUAACCUCAGCCGUCACAUAUCGACAGUUCACUCGAAGUAAAUAUUGAUCAAUUGAGACAUGUGUGGCCAAAUUUAGAGCAUAAGCGUGCCUGAAAGGACAUUAACUAGAGGUCGUGUACUACACACGGCUAAAAUGACUUAAAUUAGCCUUCAGAAGUCGAGAAAAAUUAUUUAAGUGAACUUUAUGGAUAAGCUAGUACCUAGUUUGAAUUGUGCUCGAAAUACAUUUCAACAGAUAAGUCAAUUUUGAAUGCAACCAUCGAAAUUAGAGGCGAUUGUAAGAGGAAAAUGUUGCAUAUAAAUAAACUAAAUUACUGUACUUAAUA